GAAGUCUCAGCGACUGACUGCAAUACCCUUUGGACUUUAUAAUCGGGUAGCGAAAGUUACUUGAUGGGGCGGAGAGUAACCAAAGAACGUCGCUUGAAUGACAAAAGUUGGUGCGUUCUGAAAAGGCCUCGGGGUCGUUCUUUAGUAAAGUAGGGCGGAUGGAGGCGAGAAUUCUCGUCUUGCCUUCUCCCACCGGCCUGUGUGACGAUCCUGUCCAAGUCAAAAUAGAGGGUCUCUCGCCGCUGCAGGAGGUCACGCUCAGAGCGUCCUUGGUGGAUGAAAACGGGGAACUUUUCCAAUCGUUCGCUUUCUACAGGGCUGCGAGUGAUGGAGAGCUUGACCUCAGCUGCUCUGCGUCGCUGGGCGGGAGCUAUUCGGGAGUCGAGCCCAUGGGCUUACUGUGGUCACUGGAAUCCAAGACGCCCUCCAAACGGCUGGCUAAGAGGAACGUCCUCACCCCUUUCUGUGUCACCUACGAGGUGUACGAGGGGCGCGGAGUCACCGGCCCGCUCCUAAGCAAGUGCUGCAGCGAGAGGAGGUUUCUGGCAGAGGGGGUGGAGAGGAUCCCAGUGCGACAAGGCAGGCUCAAGGGCACGUUCUUUCGCCCUCCCGGUCCUGGACCAUUCCCAGGACUUAUUGAUUUGUAUGGAUCUGGAGGAGGUCUUGUGGAAUACAGAGCCAGCCUCCUGGCAAGCAGAGGUUUUGUUACACUGGCUCUCGCUUACCUGGGCUUUGAGGAUUUCCCAGCUUUCCCAGAGUUCAUUGAACUGGACUAUUUUGGUGAGGCUGUUGAAUUCUUGCGGAAACAACAGCAGGUGAAAGCUACAGGGAUUGGAGUCUUAGGGCUUUCUAAGGGAGCAGAUCUUGCCCUUGCUCUGGCUACAUUUUGGCCCGGCAUCAGAGCAGCUAUCAGCAUUUCUGGCUCUGGUGUUAAUACUUUUGUCCCUCUGCGAGUUAAGGGACUCACUAUUCCUCCCCAUCCUUGUAACCUGGAGAGGAUUCAGGCCACUAGUGAUUCCGAAAUUGUGGAUUACUCAGAAAUAAUGGAUGAUCCCAGAGACCCAGCUACCUGGCAAUGCCGCAUCCCUGUGGAGAAGUCCUCAGCCAAGUUCCUCUUCCUGCUGGGACAGGAUGACAAAAACUGGCAAAGUGAGCUUUUCUGUCAAGAAGCUGUUUGGCGCCUGCAGCAGAGUGGGCGUCAUGUGGAGUUGUACUGCUACCCUGGAGCGGGACACCUCUUAGAGCCACCCUAUCUGCCCUUGUGCCAUACCUCAUUCCACAGGCCACUUGGGUGUCUUGUGCUCUGGGGAGGAAAAUGGAGAGAACAUGCAAAAGCACAGGAGGAUGCCUGGCAAAGAAUACUGGCCUUUUUCAGACAACAUUUGCUCGAUUCUACCAUCAAAAGUUAUUUAUAGACUGCAGUUUUGUACAUGUGUGAAGAAGCUGGUUCUUAAUGGGCAUAUCCCACUUGAGAUGUCAAGAGCAGGUGGCAAUGCACAGUAAUACCUCAACUAGCAAAGUAGAUGCAUCCCUGGACAUUGCUUCUUUAACAGAAACUUUGGUACCAGAAGCAGGGAUAACAUGGAAAGAAUAGGGACAGGUUCCUGCACCUGCUCAUAGAUGGUGGGGGCAGCUUCAACAGGGAAAGAGUGCCUACUCAGCACCCACUGACUCCCACUCCCCUCCUCUCAAUUGUAUUGGAUCCUUCCCUCCCCAGCCCUGGGAGAAAGCAAGAAAUCUCUUUGAUACAAAGCAAAGGCACAAGCUGGUCAGUUUCACUGGAAAGCAAAGGCACAGGCUUGAAAGUUUAUCCAAAGCUAAAGCUUAGCAAAGCUAAGCUGGUCAGUUUCACCUUAAAAAAGUCUUCCUUAAAAGGAGCUUCCUUCUUGGAGGAUUUGUUAACUGAGGUAUUACUGUAUAGUUUUUUAGCCAUUUCCAGGUAUGGGGCUAUUUCCAGGCACAACAGACCUCAGCUGAAGGAGUGGUAAAACGCAUAUGUUCCCCUCAUGGUGCUUCUAGGUGGAGGGCCUGGAGCACUUUUCAGGAUAUAAAUGUAAUAAUUGUGAUCUGUUCAGCUUUAUCUUAGAAAUCAGUGUUGAAGCAACUGUCAUUUUGCAUCUGAAGAAAGGUAUUACAAGUUUUGAAUGGAUAAGAAAUAUAUCCGCUUCUCUCAAGUCAUCAGUAGGUAAAUUCUUUACUUCCAAUAUUUUGACCUAAAUCUCCCUUCUAUGGGCGGUUAAGGUAUCUGAUGCUAACUGAAAACAUUCUUACCUCAGAAGUGCCCACCAAGUUAGGAAUAAAAUUGUCAUAGUUUAUUUGUGUGUUGCUGGUUUAGAAAUAGAUAUAUUUGAGAAUUCUGUGUGAAUGUAUUUUUCACAUUUGCAUCUUCCUUUUGGAGAUAAAUUAAGGGUUGGGCUACAUGUUACGUUAAUGGCAUGACUGGCAAUCACUUGAGGUGUUUUUGAAAAUUUAAAUACCAGGCACAGGGUAAGGGGAGGUUUAAGGCUUUCGUGCCCAGUUGUGAUCUCAGUGAAAAUCCCCGCCUAUCCAGCACAGUGAUGACAAUCCCCUCCUAUACAUCUGUCAUUCAACUUGCAAAAAACUACAAUGUGAUUAUUAAUUGCAGUAUUAAUAUAACAUGUAGUUAGCCUCUAAGUCAUCCUGCCACAUUACAUUGGUUUGUAUGUAUCCAAGGAAGUGCUAACUCUUGUUCGGUUAGCACAAGGAUUUAUACUUACGCAAUGGAACUUCCUCUCCUGUGCACCCCCUAAAUCUGCUGGGUUUCCCCCCAACCCUCCAGAGCGGAUUUGGGAAGGGCAUGGGAUGCAUGCAGGGGGAGGAGGGGUAGAAGUCCUAUUGCACAAGCAUAAAUCUUUGUGCUUGUGGAACAAGGGCAUUGGAUACUGCCUGCUGUUUGUUUUGUUGAUAACAUAAAGAUGCAAAAGAACCCUGGGAUCAUGGAUCCAUUCAUCAGCUGUAUAUUUCAUAAUGUAUAAGUGUUGCCACAGUUGUGGCAAUACUCCCUUUCUUCUCUGUUGUGAAAGAACUAAAACAGCAACAGGCAGCAGCAGGCAUUUGCAUGCUAUGCCAGGUGCAUGGCAGUUCCCAGCUUCUGCCUCUAAACCAGGAAUAGGGAAACUGUUGGACUGUAGCUUCCAUUAGCUCCAACCAGCAUGGCCAACGUUCAGGGACGAUGGGAGGUGUAGUCCAGCAAUAUCUGGAGGGUCACGUUCCCUGCUGUAUCUUGGCCCUCUUUGUUAAGAAUGUGCUGCCUUCACUCAAAGCAGGGUGUUGGCUGAUCUACCAAUAGGUCCAUCUCCUGUUGCACUUAGCUUAUUAUCCUAGAGUAAAGCAGCUAUGUAAAUAAUGUGUUGUGGAGAACCAGGAGUUCUCCUCCUUUCAAGACUUGCCAUGCCUUUGUUCAGAUGCAAGAUGAUGCAGGUACUUCAACUCUGAUUUCUAAGAUGAAGCUGAACAGAUUUUGUUCUCUAAAUGUUAAGUCCUUUUUAAAAUCAGUGAACAAGAACAAUUUGGGAGUUUUUUCAGUAAGGCAGUCCAAUAUGUGCUAUAGUGAAUCUGUCUGUUUCCUCUAAAAGGAACAAUAAUUUAGCUCCAGAAUUAACAUGAGCACCUUUUAGAUAUUACAAGACUAAAUAUGUAGCUAUAUUAACAGAAUCAGCAGUGAAUAAUGGAUUUGCAUAAUUUAGACUUUAAGCAUAUGUGUUUUAGCCUUCUCUGUUGCAUUUAACUGUCUUGCUUUGCCAGUGUUUUUAUGAAUUGGUUCUUGGUUUUACUGAUGGCUGUCCAUGAUUAAUUUAUGUUGUACCUGUCUUGGUGUUGGUAUCAAUGAAGGGUGGGCUAGAAAUCUUUUAAACAAUAUAUAAAUAAUAUCUGCCACUAGGGAAAUGCAGAAAAUAUGUGACUAUGAAAUAUAUAAUAAAAGUAUUGUUUAAUAAAGGUAUUGUGCUUAGUAUCCUACGAAGUUCUCUCACUCAGACUUCACCUCUCAGGACUGUUUAUCUGCCACCUAGAAAUGUGCUAAUAAAUACACAAUCCACAUGUAAACUGGGCCUUUAGGAAAUGAGAGUUGACUUUUAUUACGGCAUAAGAUUGCAUGGAUUAGAGUGAGUAGAGCGCAGUCCAUGACAUCUUAUGCAAAAUAAAAUGUGUUAGUGUUUAGAUGCCACAAAGAUCUCCAAAGCUUAAGUAUGUGAACUAUAUCUAUGUAUAUUUGCCUUGGCUUUACCUACCCCUCCCUUUGUUCUCUCGCUCAUCUUCACUAUCUAAAUUGUAUAUUGUAAGCUCUUUGGGGCAGGAACCUUUCUUUACUUAUGUUGUUC